AUGAAGACGCCAGCCCCUCAAUUUCUUUCUCUCAAUAAUGCUGCUAAAAAAAUCUUACAUUACCUUCGGGGCUUUGAAGAAUUCAAACAAGUUCAAACACUUGUGACCGGUGACUUGGCUUUGUGGAAUCAUUUCCCCGGCAUGGGAUUUCUCAUCUUUCUUGGAGAUGGAUUUGAUGAUCGGGUAGAGGAGCUUCCCUCAGGGGCGCCGGAUCUGUUGAAAUUGGGGCUGUCCUUGAUGCACCCAAACAGUUUUCGGCAACAACUCAAUUUCUUCCAAAUCGAUUAUUCCAUUGAGGGCAUUCAGAGCGCUGUCUCAAUUCAAUUCUUACCGAAGGAGAUAUUACCCUAUAUCCCACAAGAAAUAUUAACAAUCGCAGAGACCAGAAAAAAGCACACCGAUGAUCUACCAUAUAUCUCUGCUUUGGACUUGCUCGUUUACAUGGUUAAUUACGACAUGAGUGUAGAGACACGAGAGCCAUAUAAAGAUGCGAGGACAAUCAGCCAAUUCUUGGAACAUCUCCAAUCAAAGGGACCGGUUAUUUCCUCGCCUCAGCAAAGGAAAUCUUUGGCUAGCGGAUUGAAUUAG